CCUCGCUUCCUCCGUCCCUCUCUCUCUCCGCCGCUCUCGUCUCUCUGUCUCUCUUUCGUUCUGCGGUUCCGAAGCCCCUCAGAAUAUCCCUCUUUUGAUUUGGUGAUCUGGAGGAGCGUGGAAUAUAAACAGUUUGGUAGAGAGUGGAGCCGGGUCUCUCGCUGUGUGAACGAGAAGCGAGGGAAGGCGGGGAGGAAGCCGGGUUAGCGAGCUAGAGAGCCGGGAGAGAGACUGCGAGAGUGAACUGGACAGACCGAGAGAGACUGCGAGAGUGAACCGGACAGACCGAGAGAGACUGCGAGAGUGAACCGGACAGACCGAGCAUGAUGUCCUACAUGAAACAGCCGCACUACGGCAUGAACGGGCUGACCCUGUCCGGACCCGGGAUUGACCUGCUGCACUCCGCCGUCGGGUAUCCGUCGACUCCACGCAAGCAGCGACGUGAAAGAACGACUUUCACCCGCGCUCAGCUCGACAUUCUGGAGGCGCUCUUCGCCAAGACGCGCUAUCCAGACAUCUUCAUGCGCGAAGAAGUGGCUCUGAAAAUCAAUCUGCCCGAGUCCAGGGUGCAGGUCUGGUUUAAGAACCGCAGAGCUAAAUGCCGCCAGCAGCAGCAGCAGAGCAGCGGGCAAACGAAGCCCCGGCCCGCCAAGAAGAAGACCUCCCCGCCGCGGGAGACCGGCUCAGAGACCAGCACCAACGGGCAGUACAGCCCGCUCGGGGCAGUCGGCGGCCCGGCCGUCACCCCGAGCUCCAGCGCCAGCGCCACGGUGUCAAUCUGGAGCCCGGCUUCCAUCUCUCCCAUCCCGGACCCCCUCUCAGUCUCGACGACCCCCUGCAUGCAGCGCGCCGCUGCUUACCCGAUGACAUACACACAGGCGCCGGUUUACAGUCAGAGCUACGGCGGUUCCACGUCCUACUUCAGCGGGCUUGACUGCGGCUCCUAUCUCUCCCCCAUGCACUCGCAGCUCUCAGCCCCCGGGGGCGCUCUCAGCCCCAUCUCCACGCCGACCAUGGGCGGACACCUCAGCCAGUCCCCUGCCUCUCUGUCCGCUCAGGGGUACGGGGCUGCGGGGCUCGGGUUCAGCUCGGUGGACUGUCUGGAUUAUAAGGAUCAGUCCGGGUCUUGGAAGCUGAAUUUCAACACGGCAGAGUGUUUGGAUUAUAAAGACCAGAAUUCGUGGAAAUUCCAGGUUUUGUAA